CCUGUUAAAUUGAUUGGACUCUGUUCUCUUAGUUGUCUUCUCCGACCAGCGUCGCUAAAACCCUAGAACUCCAAAAACCUCAACAGCUCAGCGCGGUUCAGAGGAGAUCCACUUGUCCCUUCCAAAACCCUGGGCCUCGUGUCCGUUGAGCAAUGGAGGAUCAUGUCCUUUCUUCGGUUCACUCCACGGUCUUCAAGGAAUCUGAAUCUUUGGAAGGAAAGUGCGUUAAGAUCGAAGGAUACGAUUUCAACCAGGGAGUGAACUAUCCUAGGCUUCUUAGAUCCAUGCUCACCACCGGAUUCCAAGCCUCCAAUCUCGGCGAGGCCAUUGAUGUCGUCAAUCAGAUGCUAGAUUGGAGACUUGCCAAUGAAAGUAUAGCUGAAGACUGUAGUGAAGAGGAGAAGGACCCGACCUACAGGAAUUCUGUGAGGUGUAAGAUAUUUCUGGGUUUCACUUCAAAUCUUGUGUCAUCUGGCGUUAGAGACACAAUUCGGUAUCUUUCUCAGCAUCAUAUGGUUGAUGUUAUAGUCACCACGACUGGUGGCAUAGAGGAGGAUCUCAUAAAAUGCCUUGCACCUACAUAUAAAGGCGAUUUUUCACUAUCGGGAGCUUAUCUGCGAUCAAAGGGAUUGAACCGCAUUGGCAAUUUACUGGUUCCAAAUGAUAACUACUGCAAAUUUGAGGAUUGGAUAAUCCCUAUCUUUGACCAGAUGUUGAAGGAACAGAAAGAACAUAAUGUGCUGUGGACACCGUCUAAGCUGUUAGCUCGCUUGGGAAAGGAAAUAAACGACGGGAGCUCGUACCUUUAUUGGGCAUACAAGAACAACAUUCCAGUUUUCUGUCCUGGCUUAACCGAUGGCUCUCUUGGUGAUAUGCUGUACUUCCAUUCAUUUCGUACUUCUGGCCUCAUCAUCGACGUAGUCCAAGAUAUCAGAGCUAUGAACGGGGAAGCUGUCCAUGCAAGUCCAAGAAAGACGGGGAUGAUAAUUCUUGGAGGGGGUUUGCCAAAGCACCAUAUAUGCAACGCCAAUAUGAUGCGUAAUGGUGCGGACUACGCCGUGUUUAUAAACACCGCACAAGAAUUUGACGGGAGCGACUCGGGUGCCCGUCCAGACGAGGCCGUGUCUUGGGGUAAAAUCAGAGGCUCUGCGAAAACCGUUAAGGUACACUGCGAUGCCACCAUUGCCUUCCCUCUGCUGGUUGCAGAGACGUUCGCCUCGAAGAGACAUCCUACCAUGGAGACCAAUGCUUGAGGAACAUCUCUUUUUUUCGUUUGUCACUUUGAUUCUUAGGAUAAUGUAUACAUAUCCGGAUUCUCCUCUGUUUUGUCCUAGAGGAAACACCAUAAAUUCUCAGCAAGAGGAGAGUGUUCUUGCAGGAAUCAGUAUGAUUCUUUUGGUGAUUGAAUUGGAAUAUAUAAUCUCUAACAGAGUUUUGAUUUUA